CAAAAGUGACAUUUUUAAAAGUUUUUCUACCUUUUGUGAAAAUGUAAUAAGACAAAUCAUUCCGAAUUACUAAAAUUAUCAAAAAAAUGGCAUUCUUAGAGUGGCGUUGGUUUAAUUUCUUUGAUCUCAAACAAAAUAUUGAUAGAUUUAAAGUCUCCGAAGCUCUAGGGGAGGCAACUGUAACCGCGUAUUCUAGUGGAAAUGGACAUAUCGUUCUGGGUGAUACAAAUGGCUUUGUACAUUUAGUUUCAAGAGCUUGGAAUAUUAUUUCGUUUAAAGGAUAUGAGACUACAAUAUCACACACGGUUCAAUUAAAACAAUCACCGAUUUUGGUUACAAUUGGGGAAGAUGAAUCAGGUCUAAAUGCAUUAGUAAAAGUAUGGGAUACCGAGAAAUUGGAUAAAAAUGAUACACCCAUGUGUGUACGAAUUUUACGACCACCACCAAUGGAACGGAAUUAUGGGGCACGUCCACCCAUUGCUACUGCUGUAUGUGCUCAAAGUAAUUUACUUGUGGUCGGUAUGAGUGACGGUACAAUAUGGUUACGUCGUGGCGAUUUAACACGUGAUCGAGGCACAAGACAACGUACAAUGCGUGAUGUUAAAGAAGCCAUUACCGGAUUAGCUAUACGUACGACACAAGCGAAACAAACUUUUCUAUUUGUUUCGACCACUGCAAACGUUUUCUUGUAUAAUAUAACCGUUAAGGAUAAAGAAUUUCAGACUUCAUUGGAUAGUAUUGGAUGUACUCAACGCUGUAGCAUUUUAGCUGAAACAUCUUCACAAGAGAGUCAUUUUAUGAUUGCCAGAGAUAAUGCUGUAUAUUGCUACACACCGGAUGGACGUGGACCUUGUUAUGCGGUUGACGGUGAUAAAAUAAUGUUAGAUUGGUUUCGUAGUUAUUUAGUAAUUGUUUCACGUAAUAAUAAACAAUCAACAUCAACUACAACGUCAACGUCAGCAAUACCUGGUGUAAACAAUACUGCAGAUGGUACUAGUCAUUUAGUUACAGUUUUGGAUACACAAAAUAAAUUUUUAGUAUUUCAAGCUCCAAUACAACAAGUCAAAGCUGUUCUCAAUGAAUGGGGUGGUUUUUAUAUCAUUGAUGGAAAGAAUCAAAUGUAUCAUUUAGAAGAGAAAGAUUUACAAUCAAAAUUAAGUUUAUUAUUUAAAAAAAAUUUAUACGAUGUUUCGAUACGAAUGGCCAAGAAUCAACAAUACGAUAACGAUAGUUUAAUCGAUAUAUUCCGUCAAUAUGGUGAUCAUUUAUAUGCAAAAGGUGAUCAUGCUGGCGCUAUCGAUCAAUAUAUUAAAACCAUUGGUAAAUUAGAAUCCAGUUAUGUUAUACGAAAAUUCUUAGAUUCACAGCAUAUCGAUAAACUUACGUUAUAUUUACAGGCAUUACAUAAAAUGGGUCAAGCUACGGAAAAUCAUACAACUUUAUUAUUAAACUGUUACACGAAAUUAGAUCAUCGUGAUAAAUUAAAACAAUUUAUUUUAACAAAAGAUCGUGAACUUGAUUUUGAUAUUGAUAUUGCGAUACGUGUUUGUCGACGUGUUAGUUCUGAUGAUGCUUUGUUAUUAGCGAAAAAAUAUGAAAAACAUGAUUGGUAUUUAAAAAUACAAAUCGAAGAUCAAAAAAAAUAUUCGGAAGCAUUAACAUAUAUUGAAAAUUUAAAUUUUAACGAUGCCUCGUUAUAUUUUAAAAAAUAUGGGAAAAUUUUAAUUGAAAAUGUACCAACACAGAGUGUGGAAUUUUUAAAAAAACUCUGCUCUGAUUUUAAUUCAACAUCGUACGAUAGUAAAGAUACAUCCACCGAUGAAAAUGGAUCUAUUAUAAAUCGUUGUAAUCCAGAUGAGUUUAUUCAUUUAUUUUUGAAUAAUACCGAAAUUUUAGUUGAAUUCCUGGAAUAUUUAGUUGAACAACCGAUAAAAUAUUCAUCGUUAAUUUACGAUACAUUAAUUGAGAAUUAUAUAACAUUGUGGCAUCGUGGUAUACAAGCAAAUGAAAUUGAAACGAAAGUUUUGAAUUUAUUGCAAAAUGUCGAUGCGAAUUUUGAUAAAAAUCAAGCAUUAAUUAUAUGUCAAACACAUGGUUUUAGUCCUGGUGUUUUAUAUUUGUAUGAGGAUGCUAAAUUGUAUCAACAAAUAUUACGUUAUCAAAUGCGUCAAAAAGAUGGCGAUAUGCAAGCAGCUUUAGCAUGUUGUAAACGUUACGGUCAUCAAGAACCUACACUCUGGGUACAAGCGUUAUGGUAUUGUGCACGUAAUGUUGAUACAGAAUCAACGGAUAAUAAUAAAGAAUCGUUGGUAGAAAAUAUUUUACCAGAAAUAUUAAAUGUUAUUGCAAAAGAACGUUUAUUAUCACCAUUAAUGGUUCUGGAUUGUUUAUGUAGCUCGUCAACAAUCACACUAGGUGUCGUUCGUAAGUAUUUAAAUGAUGUGAUGUUAGCUGAAACGAAAUUAGCUGAUAAGGAACGUGAAAAUAUUGAAAAGUAUAAAGAAGAUACAUCGAAAUUACGUGCGCAUAUUAAACAGUUACGUGAUGAACCGAUUGUAUUUCAAGGAUCCCGUUGUGCUGCAUGCCAUCAUCAACUCGAAUUACCUGCAAUACAUUGUUUAUGUCAACAUUCGUAUCAUCAACAUUGCUUCCAAAGUUUCUCCGAUAACGAAUCAGAUUGUCCAGCAUGUCAACCAGAGAAUAAACAAUUGUCAGAAAUGAUUCGAUCCCAACAAUCUAGUCGUGAUUUACAUGAAACAUUCUUUAGUCAAUUAGAUCGUGCCGAAGAUACAUUCUCUUUAUUAUCCGAAUAUUUUGGACGUGGUGUAUUUAAUAAACUAACAGUGUUAACGGAUUCUACAUUGAUUACAUCACCGUCAUCACAAAUUAUUGCGGCGGAGCCGAUUUUAACUGGCACUGAUUAUAGUAAAUUGGAUGUAAAUAUUGCAAAUCGUAAUGUUAUUAAAAAGGAAGAACCCAAUUUUAAUUAUGGUCCAGGUGUUGAGAAUCGUUUACGUUUAAAUGAAGGCAAUAUUCCAAAGCCAGUGACAACCGCAAUCGCUGAACAUCAAAAACCAAACCAAAGAGCAACACGGCCAACAAACAUACCCGCAUCAGAAGGUCGUAUGCGUUUAGAGGAACAACGUUUUGAUUUACAAUAUAGUUCAUCGUUGGAAGCUAAUUUAACACGUACAAACUUUCCAACGGUACGUGGUGGUGGUAACGCUGUUGGUGGAGGUAUGUCUAAAUCAAAUUCAAUGUCAUCGAAUUCGGAUUCAACAAAACGAUUUGGAAAAUCUACACCAAGUGGUGGUAAUAAUCCAUUUGAAGAUGAGGAUCCAACGUAUGAUGAUACCUUAAAUCCAUUUGGUGAUAUAAAGGCUAAAGAUCCAACGAAUCCAUUUGAAGCUGAUGAUGAUUAUGAUAAAAAUUUAAAUCCAUUUGAAUAAAUCUUCAUAUUUAUUUUUGUAAAAGUUAAAUAGACGCCAUUAUUUCUUGUCUUACGAACGCUAGCAGACCUCAAAUUUACUUACAAAUAUACCAAUUAUAUAGUGUGUUAGGAUCGUACCAAGGAAAGCGCAGGCCAGAACAGUUACUCCCUUCCUGUUGGACCUCGAUUUACCAUUGAUUUGGUUGGUUAAGUACGUGUUUUUGUCAAAAUACUGUUAAAUUUAUGAAAUUUGACCUUUUCAAGACCUGUUUACCCAAUUUUGGCAACUGUCGUAUUUAUUUUUGACAUCAGAUAAUCUUCGUGAGACUAGAAUAUUCGUCCCAUCACUAAUAUGUAAUGUGUGUCCCAGUGUUAAAAUAAAUUAAAAUAUUUUUAUGUUUUAAAGAUAGAUAUGCCUGAGCUGGGACACGCCGCUACCAUAUUUUAAU